GCGUACAGCUGAUUAUUUCGGAGAGCUCGGAAAGCUUUAGAAAUGACAAUGAGAUAUAUUAAGAGAGCUUUACUCUCGAUAACUAUUCUAAAGCAAUCAAUUGAUUCCUUUGAUCGAUCACCUGACUCUUUCUCUUUACCAAAGACAUCCUAUUUUCACAAAACUCACCUCUUCUCACGAACAUAUCACCCAUUUACGCUUUCAGUUCAAUCGCCGCAUCAGUUCUACACAAUCAUGAAGACCACAUUCUUCUCCCUAGCAGUCAUUCUCCUUAGCCAGAUUGGCUACGCUAGCGCGCGUAAACACAGAAUGUAUCUGCGCUGAUAUUUACACUGGUGUCGGCAACCUCGAGCGUACUAAAAUAGCUUGUGAACUUACCCAAAGCGUAGCACAUCAAAGUAUGUAUCUCGGAUUAUUCGUGGAAUAAUCUCAUGACCCAAUAAUCAUCAAAGAUUAUUUGUUAAGGGGCCUUCAAAUUAAUGAUACAAUUGUGAACUGGCUAACCCUUGUAAUAUUUAGGAGAGUUCCGGGAAAAUGUAGCGUAUGAUGGUCAAACGCCUUUCGAGUGCUACUCCGCAAACAAGAGUCUUGAUGGCGAUGAUUGGGAUGAGCAUUGUAGGACUUAUGGAAACACUCACGGCCUCUGUCAUUGAUCCAGACGAGUAAUCGUCGGGUUCGCUUCAGCUCCGUCACUCUACGAGCGCUCUCGCUGGUAGUGAGAGAGAGCAAACCCGCUGCAAAAAAAAAAAAAAAAAAAAAAAAAAAACAUAGCCUCAGAUAGAACUUGUUUGUAAGACCUAAGUCAUGUUACACAAUAUAUACGGGCAAGCCACCCACCUGCAAACACUCAAGUUCACAGGUCCCCCACAACCUGUCAAAGGCUCGAAUCAGGUGACUUUCGUACUUUUAUGAAGCUAUUUACAACUUUUGUAUCAGCCGCACAAGCUAACUUGUAAACGAACAUAACAAGAC